CCCCGCUUUGGGUCUCUAGGCCCCCGCGACCCCGGCAACCCAGUUGACCUUUACCGGGCUCUUGGGCUUUCUUCAAAUCCGGCUGGAAGGAUGCGGCCCACUGUUUUCGAGACACUUUUGCCCCUUUUAUUUUGAUAUCCUGGGGAUGACGUGAUAGAGUAUUUAACUUCUUGUAAUCAGCAAAGGCACCUGCUGUAUUUCUGCCUCCUUUUGAGGUCGGUGGGUGGAUGACUACUGUGGUUUUACACUAAUGAAUUGCUGCAGCUGUCAUUCAUUCAUUCAUUCGUUUUUGAGCAUCUUGCGGCAUACAGGGCGGGAGGGGUGAGGGAUGGUAGGGCACAGUAGCCUCCACCCCGACCCUGCGCAAACAGGAUUUUUGCUCUCUUGGAGUUUUGAGUGUUUUGAAAAAUGCAGAUUAGUGGAGUUGGCCAGCACAGUGGCAGAUACAGAGAAAGUGAUUUUAAAUACUGGAUAGGUGAAUGAAUUGACUUAUUCACCAAUUCAUUGAUUAGAUUCAUUCAAUGAUUAGAGUGUGGCCUGGGUAUGAAAGAGAGAGACAAACACAACACCUUGUGCUGAGUGUGAGACAUAAUAAUUGUGGCCUCAUGCCUGAUGUGGUUUCAGACAAAUUGGAAAUCUGAAUAGAGAGUUGCUGUUUAGGGAAAGUGUUUUCUUAUAGAGAACUUGCUUUAAAGGUAGGAAAGCUUGAGAGUCUUCAGGGGUGCCUCUUUGAACAACUGAAUCCUAUAAUUUCACAGAGCUCCGAGUAUAAUCUUAUAAUGUGUGAAAAGGAGAGCUCUAGGCAGAGAAAUACCAAGCUGAGGGGGAAACCGCAGGCCCUCCCCAAAGUCCAGAUUUGAACAGAAAGCAGACAGCUGUCUUCAGAGUGGUCCUUCCACUAGAAACAGUACAGAGGGUGGAGAGACUGGGUUCAAAACCAGUGGCUCUGUCACUUCUAGUCAUUUUAGACAAUUUAACAUGAUGUCCCUGAGCCUUUGUGACCUUAGACAAAAAUCUGGAGUAAUCAUCCCUACCUCAUAGAGGUGUGAAGGUGAAAUGAUGCUAGUGUGUGAAUUGUGCAGCUAGGUGCCUGGUGCUAAGACAAAAGACCUAGAGGUGAAUCUGCACUUUCCCCCUUGAUGACUCCAUUGUAGCAUUAGGUCCAUAAAAUGCUGGGAGUUCUCCAAAGAGAGAGGGAAAGAGUCAUCUUAUUCUUGAUGUCAUGUGGCCUGUGUUCUGGACCGUGGUGCGUGCCUAUGCUCCCUAUGUCACAUUUCCGGUCGCCUUUGUGGUGGGGGCUGUGGGCUACCACUUGGAAUGGUUCAUCAGGGGAACGGAUCCCCAGCCCGCGGAAGAGGAGAAGAGCAUCUCAGAGCGCCGGGAGGACCGCAAAUUGGAUGAACUGUUAGGCAAGGACCACACCCAGGUGGUGAGCCUUAAGGAUAAGCUGGAAUUUGCCCCUAAAGCUGUCCUGAAUAGAAACCGCCCAGAGAAGAAUUAAUGGAGGACACAGGAAACAGGCAGGGCCGUGACUGGUCCUGCUACCAAGUUCACCCAGCCUCAGAACCCACAUCAUCUGGUCUGCUUUGUUGCUUAUUCUGGCCCCUGUCACACCCCAAACACAUACGUACUGGCUACUCUUCUUUGGCCAGAUAGCCACACCCGCAGCAGAGGGGCCAGCACAGAGGAAGACCCUUGAGGGUUCUGGUCUGAAGGCUGCAUCUGCUGUGUUGCUGGCCACAGCUGCUCAGACUCUGUGUUCAGGGGCGCACUGCUGGAGAGUGUUGUGAAAUGAGCACUGGUUCUCAAUCUCCUUGGGGAGGCAGUUUGGCCUCAAGUGGGAGUAGCUGGGGUUGAGGUGUUGCCUUUUGGAGGGAUGCCUACGUGUCUAGUCCCACUUGUUCCGGGAAGAAUUCAAAACUACCUGGCUUCCUUCACUAGUUUUUCUUGAACUUUGUGCUCAUUCUUCCUGAAACCCUGUCCUAUCAGCUCAGGAAUGGGAUCCUCAGGGAAGGAAAGCAGUUUUCUGUUCUUGGAUGCCCAGGCUGUUCACUUUGGGGCAGGUGAAUUUGCUUGAAAACAAGUACCAUCUUUCCAUGCUAUCCCCAUCACUGUAUAGUGCAAAUCUUGAUUAAAAUGGCAUCUGAGAACCAUAUUGAUGUAAUUCUACUAGAUGGUGUCUGGGGUUUGCUUAGGAGAUGCAAGUGUAGACAUUUCAGGGUAGGAUAACAUUGGCCUUUAACUGAAGACUCUGGGAAACCCUGGGAGCCCUGGGAGUUGUGUAGUUGCAUUGGGUCUUGAGGCACAAGUUCCCAAGAGCCUUUCUACCACGAUAGCCGGAGGUUAUAGGACCUUUCUAGUCUGAGUUACAGUAGACCAGGGAACUUAACAAUGGCUAUAAAAAUAAUACAAUUUCACAUACACGCACCCUUUUCCAUAUAAGGUAAUAUAUGUACAGUAAAGAAAACUUGGUAAGAUUAGAAAAAGGUCAGUCACAUUCCCAGGGCUCUGAUACAAUAAAAAAAUUGUCAUUUUGUUGUUUUUCACUAAUUCUUGGCACAGUUUUUUAGAUAGUUGCCAUUACCCUUUAUUGUGCAUUUGAUUUUAUAUUUUCUCACAUAGUAUUUCAUAUGGUAAUCAUUAUCAAAUCGCCUUCUUAUCAUAAAUGUUUUUAAUACCUCGUAAUUCUCCCUCUCUCCCCACCAAGUGGGAGUAUGGCAUAGUUUGCCAGACUUUUGGGAUUCUGGUUGUUCUCUAGUAUACCACAAUGAUUAUCUUUUCCUGCAUUUUGGACUAAAUGGUAGGAAGAGUAAAUGGCAUUUUGGAUGAACUGGCAUGAGUUGUUUUAAGGGUCUCGAUGCUUAAAACGAUAUCUUUCCUAAUGGGCUGUAGAACUUUAUACUAAAUGCUACCCCUUGACACAUUGCUGGUGAGCUUGGAAGGAGAGCAAGAGCAGAGGACUAGAAGAGGCCCCUUCCCUCAUGAAGUUGACUGAUGUUUCGCCUAAGUUGAGCAAAUGGAAAUCAGGAGCAUUGGAUGAGGAAUGGGUUGCCUUUGAAAAGGGAGAAAGUGUUUACUCUGCUUCUUAGGUUCUUAGGUGUUAACAAGUGGGUGAAAAUAGAAAUCCUGAACUGCUGGAGAUGCUAGCUGUGGAAUGGGAGGUGCAGGGAGGAUGUGGAAGGUGGUCAAAUCAGGAAGGAAGGAAGGAACAGGUUAAGUCAGUGGCUUCCCUUCAGUGUCGUGAGGACUAUUGGGAAUUUGAAAACAGCUUUUGCUGCUUCUCAGGUGCCAUAGGCAGCCAGACAGCCGAUGAAGUUCUCCGCUAUUAAUGAAGACUCGGAGUCUAAAUGAAUUUGCAACAGGGCAAGGCUGGAGAGAGUCAUGGAGAGCAGCUCUGCUUUUUAUUACUCUCCCAGUCCAAGCUUUUAUUAAAGAUAAGAACAAAGGAACAAGAAAAUAGCAUGUACACAAGCAAGUAUGUCCUUCGAGAACAGGAGUCAAUUCUGGGAAGAAGUUCUAUUUGCAGAAGUUCUAGCCCCCUGGAACUCCACAUGCAGAGUAAUCAGAUACUUCUUCGAGAACUCCGCCUCCCUUUAGGGCAGCAGGCUGCCAACACUUGAGGGAAUAAAUCUGCUGGGGAGUGUGAGGGAAAUGUCUGCUGCUGAAGAAAGGCUGAGAUUUCUGGUUCUAAAAGGAAGUGCUAACUUAGCAGGCAACUGCUGAUGGGCAGCCCUCAGGGACAGGCCAGUGCUGCCGCCCUGUGGUGGUCCUGAGCAUGACCAAGGCCGGGAGCCGCCACUGGGCUUAACUCGGAGCUGCGUGCAGAGCCCUAAAGACCAGAGGGCACAGCUCUGCCUCAAGGGGGCAGUGGCUAUUCAGCUUUCAGUUUGCGUGUCCUGCCCAGGGCUACAGAUUUUCUAGUUUUUCCCCCUAAGAUAUGCUAAGAAAUUAAAAAAUUAUGUAUAUGUGUGUUUUUUUAAAAGAAAUCUAAGCACCAUAACAUAUUUGUCAGGUUAAUAUGACCCAGUGGCCACCAACUUACGACCUUUCCAGCUGCCUCCCUCCUAAGGAGGACUGAGAGGUGUGGAUUUAACAAUUUGUAGCAAAUAUUAGAUUCCAGGAUUGGUUUCCCUGGAAACACUUGGGCAUCCUGCACAUAGACAGUUUAACAUGAUCAGUUUAAGCAAACAUUUGAGGACAGAUAACCCACAGAAGCACCAAAAAUGUUUUCCCACACACUAGGACAUUUUUGGAUUUUCAGAUAUUUUAGAAUCACCCUGUCACCACUGCUGUACCUCCCUCCCAGUGCCUGGCUGAGGAAACUAUCUUUGGGAAUCCAAGUUGCUGCAUUCUUCCACUCUCACUUUGAUUGUGCCCCCUUUUAGGUAAUUUCAUUUCUGGGGCUUGCCCUCACUGGAUUUCUGCCUCCAGCAAGUCUAUUAAUAUUCUCAGCUAGCUUGCUUUCCCAUGGGCUGGCCAAGGUCUGCUGCGAAGCCAUCAGACAUGACAAUCUCUCUGCCUGUGGGCAGAGGCAGGCCAGCAUGCCGGGAUGAACCAGGGCUGGUUUUCUUCCUUGCUUGCUGAUUCACCUGGGAGGCACGUGGCUCUCUCGGACUAGCCCAACGGUCACGAUUCACUGGAACACGUGCCUGUGCUUGUGUUUUGGGCCCAGGGGUGGCAGUGGCUUUAGAGAGGGGUUAUCCUGUCUGAGCCAGGCAGGAAUUACUCCUCUGUCCUCCACAGCCCAGUGUCUGGUGCUUUUCCACUCGAGCCUUUCCUGUGCCUUUUGCUGUGUUAGCACAAGUCCUCUGGGCAGCUGCCAGGACAAGCUUCAGGGAGCCCUUUGACUUGUCGGUGCCCCAGGGCCCAUGCGCUGGGGCUGUCGCUGAUCGCUCUGUGGGUUGAGCCUCCCUGGAGCCGCUCGGAAGCCAGGCAGUGAAGAUGAAGAACCCCAGUCUUGCCCCACCUUUCCUUUUCCACGGGAGUGCUGUAGAGCAUGGUAGAGUAAAAAUCCAGUGGAUUCCAGUCUGACAGACUGUAGUUCUGGGGGACUGCCUCCGCUAGGAGCUCAAAGACCUUGGGCAGGUAACAACUUCUCUGCUUUAGCCGCCUCAUCUGUAGAACAGAAACAAGAAUGCCUAUUUGAUGAGGUGGUUGUGAGGUUAAAAUAACAUAUAGAAUUCUUAGUAGCGUCCAUAGCAACCGUGGUGCUCAGCAGGUAUUGGCUGCUUAAUUUUAUUGGAGGAAUAACCUACAUUUCCUGCAACAGUUGCAUGAACCCUUGUGGUCUAGGGAAGAUGGGGAGCCGAAGGAGUGAGCAUCCUUGACUGGGGGAGUGAUCACAGGGACCCUCCCAGACCUGGUGGUGGAGGACUUCUUAGGACACCAAGCUGGAUUCAGGAUUCAGGAUUCAGAGUGUCUUGCUAAGUGGUAGCUCCACUGGUGCUGCCUGCAAG